GCCCAGAAACCAGCAGUUCAGGCGGGAAGCCUGCUCAUACACAACCAUACUACAACCACCCUACCCUGCAACCAUACUCAAUAUCAGAACAGGAGGAUGAGUUGCAUGCUGCCCUCUGCACAAUUAUCCACCUGGGGCCCCGAGCCCCCACCUUGGGGAGUCCAGGGCCCGCUGCACUAUCCAAGGGGGGUUCAAGACCCCCUCUAGAAACCUGGAACACCCAUGAGGAGGGGAAAAGGUUCGAAGAAGGUUGAAUUUCUGGUGAGGGGGAUCCUUCUUUUCUAAAUCAGGAUGACUGUUCGACGGCUGUUUCUAGGAUUGGUUCUUCUUCUUGUCGUUUGCCAGCUUUCCUUCGCAGCUUCGGAUACAAGGAUUAGGUCUCGCUACAGGAGGGAUGCCGAGAAAGAGGCCGAGGUGGAGGUUAAGGAGGAGAUAAAGGAGGAGAAGGAAGAGAAGGAGGUGAAGGAGGAGAAGAAGGAGUCGAAGGAGAGUAUCCUGGAGAAGACGAAGAAAAAGAUAAUGAAGGUUGAGCACAAGGCGGAAGAUUUUUUAAAACCAGUCGCGGAGAAACUUCACAUGAAACCAUGGAUGAUACUCGCGAUUAUAGCUACAGUGAUCCUGGUCCUACUCUUAGUAGGAGGCUGGUGCGCUUGGAGAUUCUUGAGGAAGAAGAGACCAAAGGGUUCAGAUGAUAACAAGGACGACGAUGAGCAGGACCUGGUUGGGAACGAGGAGGAGCAGGCCGAAGAGAUCGAGGAGAUCAAGGGAAAUGAAGACUUCAAGGGGAAGAUCCAUUACAAGCUGGAGUAUGAUUUCACAACUCAGGAACUCAAAGUUACGGUGAUUGAAUGUAGUGACCUGCCUCCGACUGAUUGGAGUACAGGGCUCACAGAUCCAUUCGUCAAGGUCUACCUGCUCCCUGAUAAAAAACCGAAGUAUGAAACCAAAGUUCACAGAAAGAACUUAAAUCCAAAAUUUGACCAGACCUUCAUCUUUAAGAAUCUUCCAUAUGUUGAUACGUUCGACAAGACCCUUGUGUUCGCUGUCUACGAUUACGACAGAUUCUCCUCUUCAGACCAAACAGGGGAGUUCCAGCUCCCACUCAACCAGGUUGAUCUGGCAGGACCAGUUCAGGAGUGGAAGGAUUUGGCUCCGGUUGAUGAUGGUUCAAAUCAAUAUCUUGGAGAUCUUUGUCUUUCUCUCCGAUACGUUCCUUCUUCCGGAAAACUGACUGUUGCUGUUCUUGAGGCGAGGAAGCUAAAGAAGAUGGAUAUCACCGGAGCUUCGGAUCCAUACGUUAAACUUAAACUUUUCGAUUCUAAGCAAAAGAGGAUUGGAAAGAAAAAGAAGACCAGCGUGAAGAGCUGCAACUUGAAUCCCUACUGGAACGAAUCCUUCGUGUUUAUCAUUGACGAGAUGGAUAUGAAGAGAGUUACUCUUGAUAUCACGGUUUGUGAUUACGAUCUUAUCGGUGGUGGAGAUCCUAUUGGAAAGAUAAAGCUGGGUUGGAGUCAGAAUAAGGAAUACAAACCAGGAUUCAAACACUGGAAAGAAGCUCUAGAGAAUCCUAGAAGACCAAUAAUCAAGUGGCACGUUCUCCAGGACCCUGAACCAGAGGAAGAUGAUGAAAAGGACAAAAAGGACAAGGACAAGGAUAAGAAGAAAGACAAAGACAAGAAGGACAAAAAGGACGACAAGAAGGAUGAUAAAAAGGAUGAUAAGAAGGAUGAGAAGAAGGAAGAAAAGAAGGAGGAGAAGAAAGAUGAGAAGAAGUAGGAAGAGUCGAAGAAACUUUCUGAUCUGUUAGUUGAUAAAUCAAACUUGAGUUAUCUUCUUUGGACAAACCAUUAUCCACGAAACAAUAGAAUUUGAUCCUCCGGAUCCCGUUGUAUAUUCUCUUGCAAACAACGGGAUCUUGAUCCUGUUGUCUACAUUCUCUUGCAAACAACGGGAUCCUGAUCCCGUUGUCUAUUCUCUUGCAAACAACGGGAUCCUGAUCCCGUUGUCUAUUCUCUUGCAAACAACGGGAUCGUCUAAUGGAUUACCAACCUCCAAAUGAACUGCUACAAAAUCAGAAGGGUGCAUUUUGAUAAAUGCAAGAAAACACGGUCUUCGGAUUUUUUUGCGGAAUCUCAAAACAUUCCGACAUGUUGCAAUGCACUCGUUUCUCCGUACAAGUUAUUUUCUUGAAACAGUUUGUUGAUGUUCGAUUUCUCUUUUCACUAUUCUAACGCUCAACUAUGGAUAGAACCUGUACAAGUAGAAUUCUACAAUCGCAUAAUAUUAUUUAAUAAGCUUCAAAGCAAUAAGUUUCUGCAAUUAACUAAUUAAUUGAUUAAGUAAUUUUUAAUCCUUUUUAUUUUGGUUCAAUUCGUUGAACCGCGUGUUCCUUGUCCUGUAGUUAAGGGUUUGGAUUAAAACUAAUUUUAGGUUUUAGUUUUUAAAUUAAUUUCUUAAAUAUAUCUGAUGUACAAGAUGUAGAACUAGUAGUCUGGAGUGAAUGCAUCUAUUUAACCUGUGUAUGCUUGUACAUACUAGCACUGGAUCAAUUAUAACAUUGUGAGAAAAUUUAUGAAAAAUCUUGUUAAAUCUUUUAUUCAAUAAAAGAUCUAUUGUAGAA